CACAUAGUUUAGAGUUGCUGCACAAAGCGGUCGUGGUGCUGGUGUAUAUGUGUUGAGCUGUCGAAAAAUUUCGAGUUUGAUCCAUUCUCAUAGGUUUUCGGUGAUGACUGUUCAUUGAUGAAUAAGUAGCAGAACGAAAUUCCACGAAGUGCCAUGAAUUUCAACAAAUGGCAAUUCCUGCUGCUGGUUCAGCUGGUCCUGUGCUCCGUAAGUCUGGUCUUGGCAGGCAGAGACUUCUACAAAAUCCUAGGUGUCACCAAAUCAGCUUCUUUGCACGAAGUGAAGAAGGCCUACAGGAGACAGGCGAAGGAGUUGCAUCCGGACAAGAACAAGGAUGAUCCAGAUGCGUCGAGGAAGUUCACAGAUCUGGGAGCUGCUUACGAGGUGUUAUCUGAUGAAGAUAAGCGCAAGAAAUAUGAUAGGUGUGGGGAGGAUUGCUUGCAAAAGGAUGGCAUGAUGGACAAUGGCUUCGAUCCGUUUGCCAGUUUCUUUGGAGAUUUCGGUUUUCCAUUUGGAAACAACGAGCAGCAGCACGAGACGCCGAAAGGUGCUAACGUCGUGAUGGACGUAAUGGUGACUCUCGAGGAUUUGUACACGGGGACUUUCGUGGAGAUCACCAGGAAUAAACCCGUGAUGAAGGCGGCGAAGGGAACUAGGAAAUGUAACUGCAGACAGGAGAUGAUCACCCGAAAUCUAGGUGGUAAUCGAUUCCAGAUGAUGCAGCAGACUGUCUGCGACGAAUGUCCGAACGUGAAGCUGGUGAACGAGGAGCGGAUUCUGGAGAUGGAGAUCGAACCCGGUAUGGUCGAUGGUCAAGAAACCAGGUUCACAGCUGAAGGAGAACCGCAUCUCGAUGGAGAUGCUGGAGAUUUGAUUCUCAGAGUUAAAACGCAGCCGCAUUCCGUUUUCGAAAGGAAGGGUGAUGAUUUGUACACGAACGUUACAAUCAGUUUGCAAGAUGCUUUGGUCGGUUUCGCGUUAGAGCUGAAGCACUUGGACGGACAUUUAGUGUCUAUAACUAGGGAUAAAGUGACGUGGCCUGGGGCGCGCAUCAGGAAGAAGGGCGAAGGAAUGCCCAACUACGAUAACAACAAUCUGCAAGGCACUCUGUACAUAACGUUCGACGUUGAGUUCCCCAAACAGGAAUUCAGCGAACAAGACAAAGAAGAGAUUAAGAGAAUCUUGAACCAAAGCACUAACAAUAAGGUAUACAACGGAUUGCGGGGCUAUUGACGAUGAGCGACCGUGGUAGACCUGAAAUUCCCUCUCUUUUGUACAUAAUUUGUGAUUUGUAUGUGUGAGUUCUUCUUAUUCUUCUUUUUUUUAGUUUUGUAUUCGCCAAUACAAGAACUAUGUUUCCCUAUUAUACAUACAUAUUUAGACGUAUACACAUAAUAACAAAUUACAAAAAAAAGCAAUACGUAACAACCAAAACCCACUUGCCUUCUACAUUUAGACAAUUCCAAACAAUAUAAGACUAUUAUAAUUUAUCUGCGUUGCAAACAAACAUAAAAAAAGACAUAUCUUAUAGAUACUGAUUGAA